AGCAGGUAUUUGAUUAGGUCCUUUAGCUUGAAUCGAGAGAAACUUUAGCUUAUUAUUUAUGCGCACGAGUGUAAAUGAGCGUUCCUAUUUGUAUAUACAAUAUAAAUGAAUACGUGUGUUAUGUAUAAAUGCCCAGCUCAAUAACGACCUCAAGUUUCUUCUGAGAAGCUGGACGAACUAUUCUCUUACACGGAGAAAAAUGGAGCUGAGUUACUAGUAAUAAUUCCUAUGGAAUAGUAAUAAUUAUAUUUUUCUAGUAAAAAUUACUAUUAAUUGUAAAAUGUACUUUUCAUGAAGUAAAUAUUACUAUUUAUGGUAGUAAAAAUUACUAAUAGUAAUUAUUACAGUAGUCACUUUAAAAAUUACUACAGAUGUAAUGGAAAUUGCUUUGCGAUUUUUAAAUUUUAUAACGCCAUUGUAAAUUUUAUUAAAUUUUGUAUUAAUUUUUACAUUUAACAUUUUUUAAAUAUUACUCGUAGAAAUUCUAAUAAGCACUACUGCGGAAUAUAAAAAUUGCUUCUGCAAGAAACAACUUUUACUAUUGCAGAACAAACUUUUUACUCGAAAAAGUAGUAAUCCGUACCACUACUACUAUACGCCUGUGGGUGUGUGAUUACGUCACUACGGUCAUGCGCAGCGAUCGUAGCCUGACGUUGUUAAAGUGAUCCGACAUUUUCGGGUUAGAAAGCAAAGAAAGCAAGGUUAUGAAAGUGGUUAAUUUUACAAAUAUAAGUGAUCAUCAAGGAUAGAAUUCAUCAAAUUUGAGACUUUUUUCAACUGGUAAAUUAAUGACAUAGCGUUCUAUAAAAAUGUCGCACUGGGAUAAUCAGAGUCCUUUUUAUCGAAAUGAGCAGCUUCAGACAAAUAACGAAAAUUAUCAAAGAUUUAUAUUUCCUCCGGAAAAUCGUGAAUUCUAUCCAUCAACAUUUGAUAACAUUCAGAAAUCGGUUGUGCCAGCGACAAAUGAAUUUGCAUCGCUAAACAAUUCCAAUUAUGCUCAACUUCAACCGGUCUCACACAAUUUUACUACUCCACCUUCUGUUAACGAAACUGAAAAAAUAUCCUCAUCAGCAGAAUCGAUAAUUCAACAAUCAAAUUUUUUACCACAAUCGCAUUCUAUGCCUUCGGAAACUGAUGUACGUGAAGAGUUAGGAAAUAGACAAAUUUACCGAGAUUCAACCGUUUCAAAUUCCAAAGGAGUAAAUGAAAAUGUUUUAUCAGUACAGUCAAUGAAUGAUAAACAAAAUGAUUUAUUUGUAUUGCCAGGAAGUACACAGUUUGAUGAAGAUUACGGUGAAAUAAUAACAGAUGCUGAUGUCGCAGCAGUAAAUUUGAAAGAAAUUUUAAAAUUAACUAUAGAAGGGCGUGCAAUUCUUUGUGCAAAUCAUAAGUUGCCAAAUGAAAGACUGAAAAAACCAGAUCGUCUUGCCAGAGAAAUUAUAAAAUAUGAAACAGAGAAGGCCGUUUCUGAUAGUGAAGAUGGAAAAUUAUUAAAAUUUGUCAUAUCUAAAAGACAAUUUCUUACUUACACUAAAGCGAUUAAAUCAAUUUUCAAAUGCGAAAAACGCUCAGCCUACUAUAUCCCGAGUCAGAAAACUAAAUUUGGAGCACAAGGUGCUAAAGGCAAGUUAUAUUGCUCUUACAACUACAUGAAAAAGAAAUUGCGAAAUGACAAUAUUUUAGUCGGAAAUUCGAAGUCGGCAAAUUCCCAGGAGGAACAAAUUGAUGAAAUUGCUCUCGACGAUAAUACAUCAGAUAAAGAAAUUGAAUUACAAUGGCUAAAAGAAAACUUGGAACCAAUCGAAAGAAUUAAACUUUAUUGGAGUGAAACAUUUAAUGCUCGUCAAAAAUCAUUGAAAAAUCAUUCUUUGCCAGUGGAUGAAUAUUUAAAUUCAUUUCCGAGUUUAGCCAGUGAGACCGGAUAUAAAUUGCUCGAAGUCGAUUUUUCUCGCCAGUUUCCAAAUAAAGAAAAUGAAUUUAGAAGCAAAUGGCCAUUGAUAAAACUGAAACUAAUUGAAUUGUUAAAAAAAUGCAAAAUAACAAUGCAAAAUGACGAUUUGGCUUUAUUUAAAACUUUAAGCAUUGUGGAUAAUGAUAAACAAGAUGCAAUUGUUUUGCACUUACUUCCUAUUCUGACACAAAGGGCAUACGUAGAUAUACCAGAAAAUCAGCGAAAAGUAUCGAAUAACAAAAAGCAAAGAGUAUCAAAAAAACGUAGAGCUACUUUGUCAGAGAGUAGAGAAUCAUUUUUUCUUGUCGUACCUAAUGUUGGAAAUCUUGAGACAAUUGUGGAACGUAAGAGGAAAGAGUACACUGAGAAUAAAUUGCCUCUUCAGCCACUGCCGGUUCUUAUUGGAACUUUAACACAAGUAGAAGACGCCUACGUCAUUAUUGAUAAUCUGAGAUAUCGUUUAAAGAAUACUAUCGAUGCAGUCGAUAUUGCUUUUAAAAUUUGCUUCGCUGUUGACUGUCACUACCCGCCUGCUGCUUUAAAUUCUUGGCUUUUUGUCCAAGCUGCUGGUUAUGGUAUACCUUUAGACGUUCCUAACGUUUCACAAACCUUAGAUUUAUUGAUAGACGACGUCAUCAGAAAUAAUUGACGAUCGAAAAAGCGUUCACUUAGACAUAAUGUACUUCGAAAUAAGUCAUUACAUUGAUAUAAUUUUAGAUAUCGUUUAAAAAAUAGUAUCGAUGCAAUCGAUGUAAAACUUUGAAAUUGUUAAAUUUUUUACGCUGUUGAUUGCUGUCUAUUAUAGCUGCGUUUUCUGUGUCUCACAAAUCUUAGAUUUGUUAACUAAAACGUUAAAAAUAAUCUUUUUAAUGGGAUUAUAAAAAAACGUUUAACUAAAAGUGUUCAUCGAUGUAUAUAUAAACGUUUUGUUUUUAUUAUCUAUAUAUAUUUGGAAAUUCUUAUUGAGCAAGUAAAAUCGUGGUUAGAUCACAGGCUUUCGUGUAAUUUUUUGUUUAACGCGCAUUUAGCUUUUUAAAAAUUUCAUAAUGUUUCAAUGUUUUACUUGUAACGAAAGUGUGAAAAGCAAUGAUGAUUUGUUGAUUCAUAUAAAAAUUGCACAUUCUGAUUUGUCAAUUUUUAAAUGCUCAGAAAAAAAUUGUGACAGGGCUUUUUCAAUUUUUCGAUGUUUUCAAAGGCAUAGAGCCCGAGACCAUGAGUUAACAAAUUCUCAAAAUCGAAAUCUCCAGAGUUCAUCGGAAACUAGUUCGAUCAAUCUUAAUGAAAAUAAUUUUGUAAAUCAAAAUAAAAUUUUUGAUAACGUCCCGAGUGACGAUUUGAUUAAUAGCUUACCACCAGAAACACUUUUUGAAACGAAUUCAUUAAAUGUUGACAUUGAGGAUGAAAUGGAAAAAAUUGAAGAAGAUUUCGAUUUAAAGUACGCAAAUGAUGACGUGUUGAAAAAUUCUAAAAAUAAGUUUAAUGACAUGUUGAAUUUUUUAAUGACCAUACUAAUUGCAAAAUGGUAUAACAUCACUGAUCUGCCAAGAAAAAGAGUUCAAAUGUUUAUUGAUGAUUUGAAAUUAUUUUUUAAUUCGGAAAUUAUAAAUAUUUUGCGGAAUACGGUUCUAACAAGAUUAGAGUUGCUAAACGAUGACCCAAAUGAAAUUCGUAAAAUUCGAGAUAUGUUCGAUAAAUUGCAAAGUUCGCUUGACAAUUUUGAUACUGAACACAAAAGAUUUCAAUUUUUUAAAAAAAAAGGAACAUUUAUUCCCCCUAUUCGCCACACUUUGGGAUAUAAAGAGCAAUUCACAGAAGAAAAUGGUAAAAAUGUUAUCAAGAAAGUUCCAAUUACUGCUGAAUACAUUAAUAUUGCUUCAGUUUUUACGAAAUUUUUUAGUUUGUCAAAUGUUUUUAACCAGGUUGUAGAAUAUGUGAAUUCGUUACAAAGCGUUUCAAGUCUUUUUCAAAAUAUAAUUCAAGGUGAUUUAUGGCGACAGAAAAUGGAGAAAUUUGGAGACAAAUUUGUUUUACCCUUGAUUUUAUAUUUCGAUGAGUACGAGACAAAUAACCCACUUGGGAGUCACAAGGGAAUUAAAAAAUGUGGUGCAUUAUAUUUGAAAAUGCCAUGUCUACCACCCGGAUUACAGUCAAAAUUAAGUAACAUUUUUUUAUUUGGAAUAUUCAAUGCUCUCGAUAGAAAUAACGUAGAAGUUUUUAAACCAGGCGUAGAACAGUUAAAAAAUUUAGAAACUAAUGGAAUAACAGUAAUUAUAAACAACGUAGAAAGAAAAAUAUAUUUCAAAGUAAUUAGUGUCACUGCAGAUAAUUUAGGCUUACAACAAAUGUUUGGAUUAGUUGAAAGUUUUAAUUCCUCCAUUUUCUGCCGCAUGUGUCUAAUAAACAAAAAAUUGAUCAAUACGAUUUUUCAUGAAAAUCAGUGCAAACUUCGAACUAAAGAAAAUUAUGAACAAAAUAAGCAACACGGGAAUAGUAAAACGACAGGAAUAGUGAAAGAUAGUGUUUUUAAAGAUUUGCCAGAUUUUCAUUUUGUAGAAAACAUUGUAGUUGACUUGAUGCACGACAUAUUGGAGGGUAUCGGUCCUUAUGAUUUGGGUAAAAUUUUAUACUAUUUUAUUACUAAAGACAAUCCUUAUUUUACAGUAGAUGAAUUUAAUUCGAUUUUAAAAGGUUUUCAUUAUAAUUUUCAUGACAAACAAAAUAAGCCACCUGAAUUGAAAGAUACUCAUUUAAAAAAUCAAACAUUUUCAAUGUCAGCAAGUGAAAUGAUGUGCUUAAUUCGAAAUUUACCAAUGAUGAUAGGCCAUUUAGUACCGGAAGAUUCGAAACAUUGGCGACUAAUAAUUCUUUUGCAGCAGAUAACAUUGUGUGUUAGUUCAAAGUGUUCUCAAUUCGGUUGCGUUGACCUUUUAGAUUAUAUGAUAACAGAAUACCUCACUCUAUUGCAAGAAUUAUUUCCAAAUUGCUUUAAACCAAAGCACCACUUCCUUAUUCACUACCCGAGAGUAAUGCAAUUAUUGGGUCCAUUGUGGCAUGUUGCUUGUAUGAAUUUCGAACGAAAACAUAGAACAGGAAAAAUUGUAGCUCACGUAUCACUCUCCCGACGAAAUAUACUUUAUACUAUCGCGUUAAAGGAACAACUGAAAUUAAAUUACGAAUUUUUAAAGCCAAUUGAUACUAACCACGAGUUUACUAAAGGUCCGGUAAAAAGUGUUCAUUCUUCAAAUCUGAAAAAUUACGACUCGUUUUUCGAAAUUUUGCCAAAUGACUUGCGAAUUGAAAAUUUAUCAAUUACAUCUUGGAUCUCUUUUAAUGGAGAAAUUAUUAAGCCUGGAAUGAUUUUGGUUAAUUUUAACGAAGAUGAACCAGAGUUUUACUUCAUUCAUUACUUAAUCACAAAUGAAGUUGAUGAUUUAAACGUGAUUGUUAGCGCAAUUGAAUGUUAUUUUGAUGAUCACUAUCAAGCGUACAAAGUUGUUCAGUGUGAUUCCAAGUACACUUUAUUUACUUGGGAAAAUGUGUCUCAAGCAAAAAUCACGUACAUGACACGCCUUGGCAAUGGUCAAGAAUAUGUUGCCAAAAAAUGGUUUUAAAUAAUAAUAAUAAUAAUAAUAAUAAUAAAAAAAAGUUUGACAAUAAAUAAUUUUAGCAUUUUAAAUUAA